AAACAACAUAUAUAUUAUUACAUGGGAAGGUUAAUUACGACGUGAUAAUCAGUGAUAAUUAUUAGUAUUAUUGUACAAUAAACAAAAAAAAAAAUACAUGUCGAAUUGAGUAACCUCCUCCUUUUCGAAGUCAGUUAAAAAUUACGUAUAAUGUAUUAUCGGAAAAUAAUUGGAAAUACAUUUAAGUAUCUACAAAUACUUACAAAAUCUAAUUAUAUUCUAAAUACUAGUGUAUUGAAAUUAAAGAAAAAUACAUUCGUAAUGGUUGGGCCACAAAUGUCUAAAAUAAAACGGCAUUAUGGCAAAACGUUUCAAGAGCAAAAGGAUAUAUCACGAACAAUACUUUUUGUCCUUUCGGGUAGUUUUUUGUUUAAUUUAUUCGAUUCUGAAGAAACAAAAGAUGAUGUUGCAGAACUAGAAAUGACAAUUAAACGAUCGAUUUUAUUAAUUCAGAGGGGAGAAUUUCCAAAAGCAGAACAAAUGUUACAUGUUGCUUUGCGACAAGCUCAAACUUUACAACAUUAUGAUGGUAUAACUUAUGUAUAUGAUGUAAUGGCAAAUCUUGCAUAUAGUAUGAAUGAUUUUAAGAAAGCAGAAAAAUUGUUUGUAUCAGUUUUACAAAGAUUAAUAUCUAAAGGAGUUUCACAAGAUGAUCUAGCUGUCAUUCAUAUUAGUCUUAAAAUUGCUACCAUGUAUAACAAAAUGGGAGACACAGAAAAAGCAGAGAAUGGUUACAAGUUCUGUUUAAAAAAUUUACAAAAUCAUAUGGUUACUGACAGCGAGAAUAGAGAUGUUCUACAGUUGCUAGGUUUAACUCUAGAAUCUUAUGCAGCUAUGCUCUUGUUACAAUCACAUUAUACAGAUGCUAUGAAUUAUUUAACUCAAGCUUAUGAUAUAUCCGUAAAAAUAAAUGGUGAAGAACAUGAGCAAACUGUUGUUCUUUUGAAUGAUUUAGGAACUGUUAAUUGUAUGGUAAAAGAGUAUGAUCAAGCAAUUAAAUAUUUAUCUGAAGCCACAGAAAUAGGGAAAAAAUUACCUGAAAUGAGUGAUAUAGGUACUAUUCAGGUCAACUUGGGAAAUGCAUUUAUUAUGAAAGGAUUAUAUGAACAAGCAAAAAAAAAUUGUAUUGAAGGAAAGCGUUUAGGAAAAGCCAAUAAUCAUAAAGAGUCUGUAAUAGAAGCUGAAGAAUGCCUAGAAAAGAUAGAGAAACUAACAUCUUUAGUAUAAAUAUAAAUG